CUUGUGGCACAUUCUCUUCUUAACGAGUCGACUUCAACUCUCUGCUCUGCUCUCAUAGGUGAUAACCCUUUCGUGCUCCCAAUCUCAACUCGGAAGGUCAGAUAACUUCACAAUCUCCGAGUUGAACAGCUAUUGUUUUUCUUUGUUCAUCUAUAGUUGAUGGGUUUCUUGCUGCGUCGAAUUACACAAUCUUUAAUUUUCUUGAAACCCAUCAAUCACAGUACUCAACUGAUCCACACACACUCAGCACCAAACAAUGUUGUCAGAGCCAUCUCUGAUUCUUUCAGAACCGGUUGGAACUGGGAUGCUCUGACAUCAAGAUUUGAUUCUCUCAAAUUAGAUGGAAAGCUUGUUGAGAGUGUGUUGUUAGAACUGAAGGAACCAGUUGAUGCAAAACGUGCUCUGGGUUUCUUCCACUGGGCAUCAAACAGGAAAGAGUUUGAUCAUGGGGUCUGGUCCUACUCCAUAGCCAUUCAUAUUUUGGUCAGAGCCAAGAUGGUCAUGGAUGCUAGAGCUUUGAUCGAAUCGGUUUUGAAGAAGAAUGUUGGAAAUGAGUUGAAGUUUUCGGUUGUGGACUCGUUACUUAGUAGUUACGAGGUUACUGCUUCAAACCCUUUUGUGUUUGAUUUGCUUGUACAGACUUACGCUAAAAUGAGAAUGUCUGAGACUGGUUUUGAUGUUUGUUGCUAUUUGAGGAAACGUGGGUUGCCUGUAAGUCUUGUAAGUUACAACACUUUGCUUCGUGUUGUUCAAAGAUCGGAACGAAAUGGUCUGGUUUGGAAGAUUUAUGAGCAUAUGGUGGAAAGGAGGAGUUAUCCGAAUGAUGAGACAGUGAGGAUCUUGAUUGAUGCUUUGUGCAAGGAAGGGGAGUUGCGGAAAUAUGCCGACAUGUUGGAGAGGAUUCAUGGGAAGAGAUGUUCUCCUUCUGUGAUUGUGAAUGCUAGUUUGGUGUUUAGGAUUUUGGAGGAGGGUAGAGUUGAAGAAGGUGUGGUGUUGUUGAAGAGAAUGUUGCAAAAGAAUAUGGUUCUUGAUACAAUUGCUUACUCAUUGAUUGUUUAUGCUAAAGUUAAACUAGGAAAUUUAGGCUCUGCACAGGAGGUGUAUGAAGAAAUGCUUAAGAGAGGUUUUCGAGCAAAUUCUUUUGUCUAUACCUUGUUCAUUGAGGCUCAUUGUAAAGCCGGAAGAAUUGAUGAAGCACGAUCCAUGAUGAAUGAGAUGGGAAAUGUGGAUUUGAAGCCAUAUGAUGAGAGCUAUAAUUUUCUUAUUGAGGGAUGUGCUAGAGCUGGUAGAGUGGAAGAAAGUGUGAGUUACUUGAAGCAGAUGAUGGAGAGCAGGUUCAUUCCUAGUCUUGGGGCUUUCAAUGAGAUGGUUGGAAAGCUAUGUGAAAUUGGGGAUGCGGACCAAGCCAAUGCGAUGUUAACUAUGCUGUUAGAUAAAGGGUUCUUACCGAAUGACAUUACGUACUCUCUUCUGAUUGAUGGGUAUGCGAGAAAGGGGGAGAAUGAUGAAGUUCUGAAGCUAUAUUAUGAGAUGGAGUCCAGGUCACUUUCUCCUGGAAUAUUGGUUUUUACAUCAUUGAUAAAGAGCUUUUGCCAAUGCUGGAAAUUGGAGGAAGCAAAAAAGUAUUUCAGAAUCAUGAAAGAUCGAUCAAUAGCCCCAAGUUUAUCUACAUAUGAGACAUUGAUUGCGAACCACUUUGAGCAGGGAAAUACAGAAAGGGCUGAUUUCUUGCCUUGCAAUGAAAUGGAUUUGAAGGAAUGAAACUUGUUUGCUAUUUUUCUCACCAGUAGUGCUGAUUCUGGGAUGUGGAAGGGUAGCUUCUUCAAAGAACACAAGUUGAAGAAGGUUUUUAAUGCGGACUUGGGAUGUGGUAGGGAGUUAUUUUCACAUAAAUCCUAAGCCACUUCCUUUGAGUAGCCAUCAAGAUGUAGCCUGAACACUGCUGGCAAACUUCACAUAGAAAUUGCUGAUCCUGAAUCUUACACACAUAUCAAAGCUUUAAAGAAUUGUUUAUCAGGGAAAGCUAGCCGAAUAUCUGGAGCAACUGUACAGCCAGCCUCCCAGGUACAAUUUGCUGGGUCUGUAACAUUUAAAGUUGAAUUCUGUGAUCCAAUAGUUGACUACUGGUGGAAAAUCUAUGUGAGGACUUCCUGCUUGAGCGAAGCUGUGUGCUUGCUAAUCAUGAUGACUCGAUAGCCGGAAUGAUGUAUGAGCGUAUGAUACCCACCAUACCUGCCAGUUCCUGUUAGAGCUUCAGGAAAUCAGAAAGCUGGUCAGCAAAAGCUGUGUGAAGUGCAAGAAUUUUAGUGCAUCAGAGAGCGAUUUCUGGGAAUCUGUAUUUUCUAUUCGCUGCUGGCCAAGUUACUUCCACAGUACAUCUAA